GCUAACACGAGCAGGGGCAAGGGCCGUCUCUACGUCCGCGGCGACAGCAAGGUACGCAGGCAGGCAGGGGCCGCAGAGACCGGACAGGCUAACAUGCAGGUCUUCCGCUUCAACGGAUCCAAGACCGAGUCGCUGUUCCACCAGCGCAAGAACCCUCGUAAGAUUGCGUGGACGGUGCUCUACCGCCGCAUGCACAAGAAGGGUGUUACGGAGGAGACCUCGCGGAAGCGCACGCGCCGCACCGUGAAGGCCCAGCGUGGUGUGGUUGGUGCGUCGCUGGACGCCAUCAACGCCCGCCGCAACCAGAAGCCAGAGGUGCGUGAGGCCGCGCGCAAGGAGCACUUGGCCAAGAACAAGGAGGCCAAGAAGACGCGCGCCGCCGAGCGCAAGGCGAACCGGCAGGCGGCUGGCGCCUCUGCGCAGGCGUCGCGCCAGCAGGCCAAGAGCGCGAUGAAGGGUGGUCCCAAGGCGUAA